AUGAAUUAUUCAAAUUUAUUACAAAGAUUAAAUAUAACAGUUGAGCCAUUAGAUAAAAGAAAUGAAAGUUAUAAAUCAAUUGAAACAAUGAUUGCCAAUGGAUCAUCAAACGAAGAAGACUAUACAGUUCAAUGUGUAGAUUGUUUCACAGCAACAAGAUUAUCAGAUAAUUCAAAAGAUUUUUCAAGUGAUAAAAAUAAUAAACAAUCAUUACUUUGGUAUGGUUGUUAUAAUAGUAGUGUUGCUGCUAAAAUUUUAAAUGGUAUUUCACCAUCUUAUAAUAGUUUUACAAGUUAUAAAUCUAUAUCAUGUUGGGAUAAUAUUUAUGGAUGUUUAGAUAAUAUUAAUAUGUCAAAGUUUCAAAGAGAUAAAACAACAACUAAAUUUCAACCAAAUAUUGGUAUCCUAAUGUUGGUAGAAGUAAACUAUAAAACAAUCUCAAUACCAAAUUUAAUUAAAAUUGAUACAUUAAAAAGUGAAGAUUACACUAAAAAUGUUUUAGAAUAUAAUGAAGAUGAUGAUACUGAAGAUGAAGCUGAUGAUAAAGAUUGUAUAGUUAUAAAAGAUGAUAAUGAUGAUAAUAGUAAUAAAAAUAAUAAUAAAAACCAAAAAAAAGAGAAAUUUGUUUAUUGUAAAGAAAUUAGUGAUCAAAUCGAUAGGGAUCAAAUACUUCAAGUGACUGGUGAAUUAUCACCUGAGCCUAAUAAUAAUAAUAAUAAUAAUAAUAAUAAUAAUAAUAAUAAUAAUAAUAAUAAUAAUAAUAAUAAUUUUCCAAUUGGUAAACCAAUACCAUCAACAAAAAUAAUUAAAGGAAAUGGAUGGUUAAAUGGUUAUUUAAAAGUUUGGGGAAAAUAUAAUCAAUUUUUAGUUCCAUCCAAUUCAAUGAUAAAGUUAAAAUAUCUAGUAAUAAUAAAAACUACACCAUCUAAUAAAUAUAUUAAAAAUAAAUCAAUGUCACCUUCAAAGCAAUCAACCUUAACAUACUCAUCUUUACUAUCAUCAUCACCACCAAAUUCAAACUCAAAUAAUAAUAAUAAUAAAAAUAAUACCAAUAAUGAUAAUAAUAAUAAUAAUAAUAAUAAUAAAAAUAAUGGUAAUUUUAAAAAUGAUAUAUGGGGUAGUGUUUUAACUGUAAAGAAAAGGACAAAUGAUCAAAUUAUAAAUUUAGAAAAUGAUGAUAAUGAACAAAGAGACAAUAAAAAAAAAAAAAUUGAAAUAAAAUAA